AUGGCGCUAGUCGUGACCCCGACCCUCGCGUCGAUCGCGCCCGCGGGACGCCCAUCACUCGGGCGCUCGCGCGGCGGCACCGGCGCGAUGACGCUCCCCCGUCCGUCGACGUCGAGCCCUCGCCAACCGGCGAAACCCGUCGGAAGGAGCGGGCGAUCGUCUCGAGGAAGCAUCCAGGUCGCGGCGUCGCCCCUCCCGAUCGCCGACGUCGCAGCCCUGUUCGACAACCCGUUCAGCAAGGCCGCGGAGGAGGUCGACUCCAGCCUUCCGGGCUGGUUCCCCGCGCUCUCGUUCAUCGCGUACGUCCUCGUCCUGCGCGAGGUCAGGCGGAUCAGGCAGAGGGAGGAGCGCAAGGCGAGGGAAAAGAUGGCCAAGGCUGCGCAGGAAGCGGCGCAGCGCAAGGUCGAGUCCAUGGGGCCCGAGGUGUGGGGUAAGCUGAUCGUGUGCCUCGUCAUCGACGCGCUCGGGGACUCGUCGUUCCUGCUGCCCGGCCUGGGCGAGGGGACGGACAUAGCGUACGCGCCCCUGGAGGCUUUCCUGCUGUCGCAGCUGUUCCGCAGCAACGUGGUGUCGGGCGUGGGUUUCGUGGAAGAGGCGCUGCCGUUCACGGACGUGAUACCGACGGCGACGCUGGCGUGGAUGACGGAGACGUUCUUCAGUGACACCUGGCCGGGCAGGGCUCUCGGCCUAGGGGGCGACAAGCCGGUCGAGAAGGAGAAGGACGAGAAGAAGGACAAGUAG